UAUUUGCAUUUUUGUUUCUUUUUCGUUUUUACAUUUUAAUUUAUAUUUUUUUCAUGCUCUUAGCGAUUUUUGAUCGAAUGUUCGGUCAUUUUCAAAUUAUGAUGUCAUUGUUUAUACCUUUUGUGCGCGCAAAAGACGUUGACGAUGUAUUAUGAAGCAGAAGUGCGACAAUAAGUGGUUCUUGUCAAUGAAUUGCUGGUUUGAAGAAUGGCGGAAGAUAUCUCAACGACAUCUAUCGUGGAAUCUCCCGUUUCCACCUCUUUGCGGUGCAUAAUUGCUGCUCUUCUAAAUGAGCAUGGUAUUGAAGAACUGGAAGAUCCUGUUUGCGUGGCGAUCCUGGAACAGAUUCUGGUGAAAGUUGUGAUGAAGCUGGGAUCUUUGACGCAGUCCUUUGCUGAACAUGCAAUGCGAGCGCAGGCACACUUCGCUGACUCCAUCAUGGCUGUUGCCUUUACUGGCAUGGACAUACCGAAGCUUAAAUCGUACUCAAGGGAGUUCCGGAUUCCAAAACUGCUGGAUGGCGUCAAACUGACGCCGGAUCAGGCUGGAUCGGCUGUGCCUUCGACACUAUUUCAAAGUGGCGACCAGCGACGACUGCCACGCUACAUUCCUGAUUAUUUUCCUCCCAUGCCGAGCGUGUACACAUUCGAAUCAACGCCUGUUCAGAAACAGAAUAAGAUUGAUUAUAAGCAAGCUCGGGAAAAGCUAGCCAGUGAGCGACGCCAAGUGGAGAAAUCUCUCACCGCAUACCACUUGCGGAUUGCCGGUCCUCUCGAUUCGCCCUUCCAGCUCAAGGAUCCAAGUUUCGCGCUGCUCCCAGCUACCUAUCGCUUGGACAAGCCUGCGUAUAUUGCUGCAUUAAGCCCGUCAAAAUUUGAGAAUCGUCGUACAGAGGAAGUCAGCAGAUUCUCCAAAGAGACGGAACUGGAUAAAUCCAGGGAAGAUGACGAACUGCAGAGCAUGAAGGAAGACGGGCCACCUCGUAAAUAUCGCCGACAUAAUCAGCAGAAAAAAGUCGGCGAUAAGGAGCGCAAACAGAAAACACCUUCGAAAAAAUCCGGACCAAAAAGCAAAGAACGCCACAAAGAGGAGACCGAAGAAUCGAAUUCGGCUAGUGGACUUUUUUCCCCAUAACCAGAAUGUUCCUGUAAUUAUAAUCUGUACAAUAUUAACAAUACGUUGUUUAAAUUAAGUACACUUAUUUCAUUUGCUGAAAAAUUGUAAUUUUUCAAUUGAACGUCGUGCCUGAGUAUUGUGAUUGUGAGAAUCUGCAUUUUAAGAAAUUAAAAACAUGAACUUUUUU